AAACAAGAAAAAAAUUUGUACAUAAACCACUCUGAAAUCUGAAUAUCCUCACGAGAGAGGGUCUGCAUCAAUGGCAUCCAACACAGCCAAAGUGAGCCUGAAACACCCGGUAGAUGCCCAAGGCCAGAGCGCAGAGGGUUCUGUUUGCCGAAUAGUCAGGCUUCUCUCCAAACAGGGUAUGAUGGGCUCCAUUGGAAACCUCUAUGAAAGCAUUGAGAAUUUGAAUGAUACUUAUAUGCAGGGGCCAGAGGCUAAGGAUGCCCUUUUGAAGCAGCACGUUUUUGCACCAGCAGUUCCUCUCCUGUUGCCAGUCACUCAGAUAUCAAUUCCUACAAGCUACUACAGGUGUUCAUCAUACUGUUGGAAUAAUGUGGCAAAAGAACCAACUGCUAAUUCUCCUCAAUGCGGUCACUUAAUGAACGCAAAGGUUACCUCUAUUGGUUCACCAGACGCAGAUAACCAAUCAUCAUUUGCGAUGACCUUGUAUAAGUGUAAUAGAAACUGUCCGUACAUGACAGAUGUGGCCUAGAUCAAUUGUCCUAAAUGCAAUACCAAAUUGAGAUGCCUGCAGCUACUUCCUGUUAAGCCACCAAAUAAGCAAUCCCCCUCUUGGAGGGAGGUGGGUUUUGUGAAAGGGGUGGUCACUUACAGUGUAAUGGACAAUCUUGAGGUGAAGCCUAUGUCUACCAUUUCUAGUAUUUCCAUACUAAACGAAUUCAAUAUCA